AUGAGUCUCCGCGACCUGGUCGAAGGCGAGGCUUUGAUGGAUGACGAUGAGAACGAUGAGGGCAUGGACGACUACGACGGCGAAGUCCGAGAGGGUGCUGGAAUCGGCAACCAUUACAAUGACUCGAGUGACGAGGACGAUGAAGAUGAAGACGACGAGGAGGCUCAGCGCGCCGUUCGUGAGGGCUUCAUUGUCGAUGAGGAUGAAGAGAUCGAGAAUCGCAAGCACCGCCGGCGCAGCGAGGGCAGGAAACGGCGCGCCGCCGACGAAGAGGAACACCUCGAUGAAGAAGAUCUGGAGUUGAUCGGCAUUACUGCUCCGGGUAACAGAGGUGCGACCUCUGAGUCCAAGUUCAAGCGCCUGAAGCGAGGCAAGGAUCGCGAGCAGCAGCAAACACCCCAAGGAAUUGAUGAUAUGUUUAACUCAGACGAUGAGGAGGAAGCUCAAGCUCCCCAAUACGGUCAUGGCCGAUCCGGCCGCCGCGGUGCUUACGAUGAGAUGGAGGGCUUCAUCGAGGAGGAUACCUUUUCUGACGAGGAGGCUCAGCGAGAGCAAGACGAUAUGGAGGUUGCACCUCCUGCCCGCCCAAGCAUGCCUGGUCUUGGUGCCACGGAAGCGGCAGGUCUCGACGAGAACGCAUUGGAAGACAUGCGCGCCGCGUUCGGUGAUGGUACCGAAUAUAGAUUCGCCCUUGAUAUUGAAGACCAAGAAGACGAUGAGAAGGAGGACGAGUCUAGACGUUUGGAUUUGAAGGACGUUUUUGAGCCCUCUGAGCUGGCUGAGAGGAUGUUAACGGAAGAGGACAACGAAAUCCGUCUGCUCGACGAACCCGAACGUCACCAGGUCGCCCGCAAACCCUACAAACAUGUCAUUCUGUCGGAGGAUCAGUUCCGCGAAGAGGCUAUUUGGAUCUCAAAUCUGAUGUUGCUCAAGAAGCGCAUGGACCCGGAGCUGCGUGAGCCUUUCCAGCGCUCGGUGGCCAAGAUGUUGGAAUUUCUGAUCACGGACGACUGGGAAGUUCCCUUCAUCUUCCAACACCGCAAGGACUACAUGAUCCAUGCGGUUAAAGAGCCCAUUAAUGGGGCCGAUCCCACCGACGAAACUGCUGAGUAUAGUAUUCGCGCCGAGAAGCUCUUGAAUAUGACAGAUCUAUGGGAUAUCUUCGACUACGACUUGAAAUUCCGUGCGCUGGUCGACAAGCGUAACACCAUACAGAAGGCCUACGACAACUUACAAAACCUUUUCAGUGUCAAUGAUGCCAACGUGGAAGACCUCCUGGCUGCGGCCGCUACUAUGGAGGAACUCCAGGAUGUACAAGACUACAUUCACUUCCAAUAUGCUGCGCAGCUGCGCGAAAUGGCAAUGGUCAAUGGUGAUGCCAAUGGAGAGCCCCACCGGCGCAAGGCUUCCAGCAAAUCCUUCUUCGAACGGGUGCGAAACGGCAAGGCUUACGGUAUGGUGCGUGCAUUUGGUAUUACCGCCGACGCUUUCGCACAUAACGCUUCCAAGGAAGGUCGCCGGCAAUAUACCGAAGAUCCCAGCGAGGGACCAGAGGAGCUGGCCGACCAAUUUGUUGACACGGAUUUUUCCAACACCUCUCACGUUCUAAAGGCCGCCAAGAGUAUGUUUGCCGAAGAGCUUACUCUGAGUCCUAAAAUGCGAAAGGUCAUCCGCCAAGCUUAUUACAUGAACGGAGUAGUCGACUGUUUCCGCACAGAGAAAGGUCUACGCCGGAUCGACGAGCAACACCCCUACUACGAGUUCAAAUACCUGCGAAACCAGCAGCUCAUGGACAUCGCACGACGCCCGGAGAUGUUCUUGCGAAUGCUGAAGGCCGAAGAGGAAGGAUUAAUGGAAGUCAAGGUCCGCUUUGAGAACUUUGAAAAGUUCCGCCAGCACCUCUACGCUGAUAUCGAGUCCGACAAUUACUCAGAGGUUGCUGAUGCAUGGAACCGUCUUCGCCGCGAGGUGCUUGACUUGGCCCUCGGCAAGCUGGAGCGGGUCAUCAAUCGCAGCGUCAAGGAGAACAUCCGACAGGAGUGUGAGAACCAUGUGGCUAGAGAGUGUCGUGAGGCUUUCUCUCAGCGCUUGGACCAGGCUCCUUACAAGCCCAAGGGAAUGGUCCUGGGUACAGUGCCGCGAGUCAUCGCUUUGUCUUGCGGAACUGGCACUGUGGGCCGAGACCCCAUUCACUGGGCUUACAUCGAGGAGGAUGGUCGUGUGCUUGAGAACGGCAAGUUCAAGGACUUGUCAGUCGGUGACCAAAGCCGUGGAAUCUCGGAUGGUGCCGAUGUAGCUGCUUUCCAAGACCUGGUGGAACGUCGCAAACCAGAUGUCAUUGGUGUUUCUGGAAUGACACCCGAGACGCGUCGCCUCUACAAGUAUCUCUCUGAACUGAUCGACUUGAAGGACAUCCGUGGGGCUACCUACGCCGAUGACCGCGACGAAGAAGUUAGUGAUCGUCUGGAGGUGGUUAUUGUUAACGAUGAGGUUGCUCGACUUUAUCACAACAGCCCUCGUGCUCGACAAGACAAUCCUGGCUUUGGUCCCUUGACCCACUAUUGUGUGGCCCUGGGUCGAUACUUGCAAUCUCCGCUUAAAGAGUAUGCCUCGCUGGGCCGUGACAUCAUCUCCAUUCAGUUCAAACCCGGCCAGCAAUUAGUGUCCCAGGAGUUGCUGCUCAAGCAGCUGGAGACUGCUCUGGUCGACAUGGUCAACUUGGUGGGUGUUGAUUUGAACGAAGCUGUCACUGACACUAUGAGCGCCAACCUCCUACCCUAUGUCUGCGGUCUUGGACCUCGAAAGGCUGCUCAUCUGCUCAAAAUUGUGAACAUGAAUGGUGGUGUUGUGAACAACCGAGUGGAGCUUUUGGGUGUCAACGCACAGUAUCCUGCUAUGGGUGUCAAGGUCUGGAACAACUGCGCUUCCUUUGUCUUCAUCGAUUUCGAGAACGCCGAUCCCGAUGCCGACCCGCUGGACAACACUCGUGUACACCCCGAAGAUUACGAUAUUGCGCGCAAGAUGGCCGCUGACGCGUUGGAGCUGGAUGAGGAAGAUAUCAAGGCCGAGACAGACGAGAACGGCUCUGGUGCGAUCGUUCGCAAAUUGUUCCGUGAGGAACAGCAGGAUCGUGUCAAUGACCUUAUUCUCGAGGAGUACGCCGAGCAACUCGAGAAGAAUCUCAAUCAGCGAAAGCGUGCCACUCUGGAGACUAUCCGUGCGGAGUUGCAACAGCCAUACGAAGAACUACGCAAGCAAUUCGUCUUCCUCAGCACCGACGAUAUCUUCACCAUGCUCACAGGCGAGACGCCGGAGUCCUUGGCCAGCGGUAUGGUGGUGCCUAUCUCCAUCAAGCGGGUGUUCGAGGAUCACAUCGAUGCCAAAUUGGACUGUGGAAUUGAUGCGCUAGUCUCAGAGACCGAGCUUGGUGUUUCCGUUGACAUGCCUGUCCGUUCCGUCUUCCAGGUCCAUCAGACUGUUCCCGCCAAGAUUAUGUUCUUGAACCGCAAGAGUUUUACCUGCAAUGUUUCAUUACGUGAAGACCAAGUAUCUGAUCCUGUCCGCCGUGCCCCCGAACACGGCUUCGACGACUGGGAUGAACUGCAGGAGAAGAAGGACAAGGAGUCGAUGCAAGAGAAGACGCAACGCGGUGGCCAGGCUCAGCGUGUCAUCAAGCAUCCGCUCUUCCGGCCGUUUAACUCCGCCCAGGCCGAGGAGUACUUGGGUUCUCGGAGUCGCGGCGAUGUGGUCAUCCGUCCUUCAUCUCGUGGUCCCGAUCACCUAGCAGUCACCUGGAAGGUAGAGCAUGGUGUCUACCAGCAUAUCGAUGUGCUCGAACUGGACAAGGAGAACGAGUUCUCCGUUGGCCGUGUGCUCAAGGUUGGAGGCCGUUAUACAUACAGCGAUCUUGAUGACCUCAUUGUCAACCAUGUCAAGGCCAUGGCCAAGAAGGUGGAGGAGUUGAUGGCGAACGAGAAGUACCAAAAAGGCAGCAAGUCCGACACCGAUCAAUGGCUCGAGACCUACACCAAGGCCAACCCUCGUCGCUCCGCCUAUGCAUUCUGCAUCAACCCCAAAUACCCUGGCUACUUCUACCUCUGCUUCAAGGCGGGCGAGCACUCCAAACUCCAAAACUGGCCUGUCAAGGUUAUUCCACAGGGCUUUGAGUUGCAGAAGAACCCCUACCCGGACAUGCAGGCCUUGUGCAACGGGUUCAAGCUGAUGUUCAGCAAUAUGCAGGCCAGUCGGAGGUGA